UCGGCCUGUGAGUCGCUUCCCAUGAAAGUUUAUAUCUCCGGAAUUGUGACCAUUUUUUGUUUGAAUGACUGAGAACUGUUCGUCAUGGGGUUGGGAUUUAAUUGUAGAUUCCUUUUAUUUUAUAUUCUGUACGCGCUAAGGUGCAUCAAAGUUCACUGUGCAGCGGCAGUAGGUGAUGGAUUCAAAGUCUGUCCAAAUACACUAACAGCCUAUUCCACGAUAACAAAGAGCCACAAUGCCAGGUGUUACCAGUUUGUUGAUAAAGAAGUCAUGUGGGACAAGGCCAGAGACAUCUGUUCUGGAGCAGGUGGGAAAUUAGCAGAAAUAUAUGAUCUUUCCACUGCAAAGUUCCUCAGGACUACAUUGAACGGGAUGACUUCGUGGGACAAUGAAGGAGUUUGGAUUGGAGGCAGAAAGAAGAGUGGAAAGUGGUAUUGGGCCACAGGAAGACCUAUGGUAUUCACAGACUGGGCACCAGGGGAGCCUGGUGGACUGGACUUCCCCUGUUUUGGUGGAGACUGUGUCUUAAUGAGGAGAAGUGACCGUUGGAAGUGGUCAGAGUGCUUCUGUAAAACCUUCAACUAUGUCUACAAGUUCAUCUGUCAGUUUGAUGAAACAGAUACUGGUGUUUUUCAAGCAGAUACCUCUGACAAUUUAGGUCUGGUAGGGAUAGGGAUAGGAGUGGGUGUGGCCCUGGCAGUCCUGCUGGCCCUGGGGAUAUGUCUAGGCUGCUGCAUAUGGAGAAGAAGAAUUUCGCGCGAGGAUUCAGACACUGGUCGACAGUACGAUACAGUGACGUACUCGGAAGUGAUGAAUGCACAGAGAGAGGGGGUCAUUUCUGAUAACUCCAGAAAUCUAGAGACAGAAAAAACUACGUUGACUGAGACAGAAGCUCCUCCUAAAUAUGAGGAUUUGUUCGGGGCUAGCAGUGGUGCUGCUGCAAAUGCGCCAUCUGGUGAACAGUUAGAGAUGUCUGAAUUUUCCAGGUCUGAACCGACACAAUCAGAAUCAUCACAACCAGAGCUUUCUCAACAAACGCAAUCUGACGCGUCACAUCCAUCUGGCACAGACCAUUCGCUUCCUGUAGAAUCUCAGCCAAUGGAAUCAGCUGGUGCUUUGGACCGUACGGAAACUGAGCCUGAGGUGGCGUCACAGAUCGUUUCUCAACAGCAGACGUCUGCUGGAGAUGAACCCUUUCCAGGUCAACCAACUGCAGAAAAUGGGGAUGUUGUCCCAGAAGAAGAGGCUGCAGCAACAGACCCUCUUCUGUCCAAUCAAGCCAUUUCCGGUGAUACGGAAGGUGAUUUGAAACACCAACAAAUCGUAAAACCUACCAGUGCUUCCCAAUAGUGCCUGCAGAUAUUGAUUUUCUUAAAAAAGAGCAAUUAUUAUUGCAUUUUAUGGGUUCUGAUCAAUGCGAUCGCCUUUUGUAUGGCUUAAAUAAUUAGCGACAAGGCUGCUGCAUGAUAAUUCAGUUAUAAACCACCGGUGUAUGUGUUGGUAUCAAAUGUGAAUAGAUACUAAAAGCAUUAAAUGGGACGGAGAUAUAAAACAAGGCACAUAAAGAUAAAAUGUGGGAUUGCGUAUUUAUAAUGCACAGUGAUAAUACGCCAAGGUAUUUAAAGUGGUGGGGUUCUCUUUUACUGAAAUCAGUGGUGUGACAUACUAACCCCCGAUUUUUAGACAAUUUCUGACCUUUAUUGAAAAGUGUUGUCCUCUUACAUGUAUUUAUAGAGUGUUAAAUCAUGACAUAUUCUCCAAUUACAAGCAAUAAAAAUGUUUCUUUAUUCAUAGCUGUAUAGUGCUAAGAAACUGAUGUAUGUUAAAAAUGAAUGUAUUUGUGAUGUUUGUCCAGUAUUGUAACAAAAUAGGUCAGUAUAAUGUUAAAAAAUACAAUGCAGGCAAAAUUUAUGUUGAAUUUCAGCAACAUUACAUUGUGGAUUUAUGUGUCAGGGAAUCUGCAUUAGUUUUAUUCAUUAACGAUAUGAGAGCAUUAUUAUUAUUAUUAGUAUCAUUAACCACGUGUUUAUGUUUUAUUUCGUGCCAAGAGGCCGACAUGGUGUUGCAAUUAUCAUUAAUAAGGUGCAUACAGAACGAGUGCCCACCAAGAGACACGACCGAAAACGAGGAUAGUGUGCGUGUACUGGUAAACAUUGUAGGAUCUGCUUCUUAAUUUGGUUACUGGGAAUGAAUGAGAGAAGACAGAUCAUUUAGCUGAGUCCUGCAUUUCAGUGUGUACAGUAAGAACGUGGUCACAUUUUUAUUUUAUAAUUUUUUAUUUAUAUAAUUACGUGUCUGUCUCAAAGGAUCUGCCUCUAAACCUGUUUAAUUUAAUUUUUUUUUUUUUUUUUUUUUUUUUUUGCAAGAUGUAAUCAUAGUAGUUUGUGCUAAAUCUGAAACAUAAGCAAGGGCUUUCUUAUUAAAAUAGGAACACUAUUCCAUUUCUCUGCGACUGAUUUUUAUCUUGUAUUAAAGUCAGCGGAAAUGAUUUCUGAGCCAUUUUCUCCAACAAAGUUUUUUUUUUUUUUUUUUUUGUUUGUUUGUUUGUUUGCUAAGGUUCCUGGUUAAUGUUCUUCAUAGGCACUGGAUCAUAGGUAAAAUUAACCGUCUUGACAUCAAAGUAACAUCCAAUUUUGUUAAAAUUUUUAUUCUAACAAGUUUCCUCCAGGUGAAAUGUCAUCAGUGCUGAUUCAUCAUUGUACUGGUAGUCACUUUUAAACGUAUUUUAUUAACCGGUUACCUCGUAGGAAUAUGUUAGCCAUACCGUUACACUUUUAUCGAUUUUUUUAAUGGUAAGGAAGUUAGAAUUUAACAGUGCCGCCAAGUAAUGGUUUUGUUUGUAUACGGUCACAAUAAUACAUUUUCUUUUGAAUUCAAGUUUUUUAUACUAAUGGAAUAAAUAUUACUAAAU